UUUCUACAUACGCCACGGACCAAAACACAUCGCAAGGGGAUUCAGUAAAACGCCACUUGAGGCCCUGUGCCGCAAGAAAAAAUACUACAGGUGCUGAAAAUGGCAACAAGGUUCCUGCAGCUCCUUGCCUUGUGGACUGCUGUGAUUGGCAUGGUGCAGUGUUGCCCAGAGCAAUGCAGCUGCCUGGACAAAUACACUCAUCAGUUUGCUGACUGCGCUUACAAAGACCUGCUCCUGGUACCUGUGGGUCUGCCCUCCAAUGUCAACACCCUUAGUCUUUCUGCCAAUAAGAUCAAAUUGUUGAAGAGUAAAAGCUUCGUUAAUGUCACUCAGGUGACCUCUCUCUGGCUGGCCCACAAUGAGAUAGUCACCAUAGAGACGGACACUUUCGCUCCACUGACCCAGAUUCGCAACCUGGACAUCAGCUACAACAAAAUUGUUUAUUUUCCAUGGGGGGAUCUGCACAACCUCACAGCCCUCCAGCUUCUGAAAAUGAAUAAUAAUGAGAUGAUUAACCUUCCCAAGGAUGCCUUUUCCAAUCUCAAGGAACUGAGGUCGCUACGCAUCAACAACAAUAAGUUCACUACCAUCGUGCAGGGCACUUUUGAUGCCCUCUCCUCCAUGUCCCACCUUCAGAUCUUUAACAAUCCAUUCAGCUGCUCCUGCAGCCUGGAAUGGCUGAGGGAUUGGAUCACAUCCACCAAGAUUUCUGUCCCAGAGGAGAGCUCCAUUUUAUGUGAGGCCCCUGAACACCUGAGAGGUGUGUUGGUUACAAAGAUGCCCAAACUCGACUGCAAGGCCCCCACUGUCAGUAUAACCUACCAGCCCAACAUUGAAAAUACAGAGAUCUAUGAGGGCUAUAUGGUUAUCUUAAACUGUGAGGCCAAAGGGAGCCCCAAACCAGAUGUCAGGUGGCAUGUGAAUGCAGGAAAUCAGAUGCUUCAUUUCACACUGCCUUCCACUGCUGAGAGAAGUGAUGUGCCUAUCAAUGAUAAAACAAGCAACAAUCGAAUCCUCAUCUUUCAAAACGGCACCCUCAUUAUUCCUCGCAUGAGUAAAAAGGAAGAUGGAAAUUACAGCUGCUCUGCUGCCAAUGAUUUAGGUAAGGCAGAGAUUAGUGUUAAAGUGACACUGGCUGGCACCUCAAAACAUGCCACCCACUCCAUGCUUGAUUUUACAGUGGAAAAGAUUCGUCCAGCUAUUAACAACCCUGCAGGUCCUAAGCUCUCCAAAAACAGUGUGACCAACUGGCCCAAGUUUGAAGAAAAGAGCAAGAACAUUGCCACUGGUUCAUCAGUCAAACAUGACAACACAGAGAGGGCUGGUCAUGUUUCAGAGAACCCUUCUUUUGCAGGCAAGUGUGGUAUCAGUGAUGGGAAUGAAUAUGUCUCCAACCACGCCUUCAACCUGAGCCUGGACGACCUCAAGCAGUAUACUUUUGAUUUUGGUGUCAUUGCGUUGGAAGUGUGAGAGACGCAGGCCAAAGUGCAGCUGAAUCCUCUUCAGCCUUCUAGUAGCAAGUCCAACCUUCACCUCAGUCAACCUGAAAACCGGGAAACAGUCAACAAAGAGCCCUUCAGUUUAUACCAGUCCUCCACCAAUAAAACCCCUCUGGACAUGUUAUACCUCUGUGUAAACACAGGCAAUGGACACUCUAUAGUUAAGUGGUCCAAGAUAGAGGAGGGGGUCAAUGCCUAUCACUUCCAUUGUUUACAGCCUGGCACUAAUUACACACUCUGCCUCACCUAUGGGGGGCAGGACUGCCAAGUUCAAGUCGUCUUCACAACUAGGAAGAAAAUCCCCUCACUACUGAUCAUCGUGGUUGUCAGCACUUUCCUACUGGCUCUGGCCACCGUUCCUUUGCUGGGGGCCACUUGCUGCCAUUUGUUGUACCAAGGAAAGACCUACAAGCUCAUUAUGAAGGCUCAGAAUCCGGAUCAGUUGGAGAAACAAAUGGCUGGAGAUUUUGAUCCCAGAGCGUCUUUUGUGGAAUCAGAGAAAAACUUCACCACCAGUGAGUGAGGAGAGGGAGAGGGAGAGGCCGAGAGAAGUGAAGGCGACGGCGAGGGCUGUACUGUAAGGCCCACGCUGUCACUAUAACCUAUCAGCCCAACAUUGAAAAUACAGAGAUCUUGGAGGGUUUAUUGGAAAUGAAACAGUCUCAUCACAAAUCUUUCGUGUACACCCACCUAAAGAUUUGUGAGUUUAAUUGUUUGCCAGUAUUUACUGACAAAAAUCAUGACAUUUUGGAGGUUCAUUUUUGUGAUGUCAAAUUUGGCAAAGUUAAGAUUUCCCUAGCCUCUUAAUAUCACUGACUUUGGCAAAUUCCUUGGAAGAUUUCAGUGCAACUCUCCUCGUUUCUGUACAUGUCAGAUCAGUUUAUGUUACCAAUCAAAUAACUUCACUAACAAUGAUCCUAUUCUCAACAUUUGUAGCAUUCACAGUGACUUUAUUAUUAACUUCAAGGUUUUAAUGCAGUUCUGCCAUGUGGCUGUACCCCCAUCUACUGACCAUACAUGGUUAGAGCUCCAGUCAAACUAUACUGUGUUGACUAUAUAUUUUUUUAUUAGUAGUAGUGUUAAGUUAGUCAUAGUAUCAGACUGCAUUUUAUAUGGUAAUCAGUUUCUUGGUUUUUGUUAAUGCAAUAUGCCAUAAUAUUCAGUGGCAUAGUUAGGAAUAUGAAUCUGGUUGUUUUGAUGCCAGCCCCAAAUGUAUGGAGGACCAAAGCUGUCAAAACCAAAAAUAAAUACAUAAAUGACUCAUGAAUAUGGCAUUAAAUGCACCAAAAAUAAUUCUCAUGAUAAAAAAAUAAAUGUAGGACUUU